UGCAGCGGCUGACACGGGCAGCGUCCUAAAAAUGGUGGUCUUGUGGAAUAUCAUGAGGUGCCUCAAACUGAUAUUAGCACUGCAGACGGUUGGGUCGGUGAACGGUACAAACGAGUGUUUGAAAUCGACGGAUAGCAGAUGCCAGGCAGGUGCAGCUGCAAUCUCGUUCGUCGGGUGCGGUUUGGCCGACGAAGACAUGGACGAUCUUGGGUCGUGCUUCGACGCAGCUGGAAGGGGAACGAUCGCAGAGUUGAGCUUCCAGCACAACGAGCUGGACUCUCUACCUUCCGGAAUGUUUGAUGGGAUGAGCCACCUUUGGAGCCUGGACCUUGGUUCUAACCGACUGACGUCGUUACCUGAGGGUCUCUUCGGGACUUCAAGCGGGCUGGCUUCGCUGAAGUCGCUGUAUCUAAAUGACAACACUUUAUCAGCAGUCACAGCGGAGGAUUUCGGUGGUCUCGAGGCUGUUUCUACUCUGAACUUGAGUUCCAACACGUUGAGCUCCCUACCAUCGGGGUUCCUGGCGACCCUCACGGCCCUCAUUGUUCUGACGCUGGACUCGAACGCUCUCAGUGUUCUCCCUUCUGAUAUCUUCGACGGCCUGGACAAGCUUCAAAUCCUCUACCUGAAUAACAACGCUUUGGACACCCUCUCAGCCGGGCUUCUGGCAGAUCUCCGAUCGCUUACGAGCCUGGACUUGAGGGGGAACGACGAUCUCCAAUGUGUACCAUCAAUGGCCGGGACGAAGCUCAGUGAGGUCACGCUUCUGGCUCCCGAGGGCGUAGGGGAAAUGUGCGCAUGUCCAGGCGAGGGAGUCGACGUCUCGUGCCUUGACUGCGAGCCGGGCGUAGGCGGUUACACAUGUACUGCGACAACGCCACAACCUACCUCGGCACCCACACCCCAGCCAACACCAGCCCCCUGGAACCCCGCCGAGGGUUGCCUGCCUUUUGCGGAAGCAUGCCAAGAAGACCCCGAAUGCAUGGAGUGCCACACCGUCACGGAUCAAGAGGGCUGGAACUCGUGCACAGCAUCCAUCAACUCGGAUGAUGGGUGCGCUGCCUUCGGGCAGCACUUCUGCUGCCUCGACGAGCAAUCUACCAGCGACUGCUCAACCAACGAUCGGGCCCAAGCCUACUUUUCGUGUAUCUCGGAAGCGGCCGGUCUGCAGUGUUCACCUUGGUCGUGCGUUCGAGAAGCAAAUACCAGCGGAACCGGAACGCCCACUGUCGAACCUGACAGCAAUAACGCGGCUGCAUCGUGUGAGCCGCUGACGGGCUGGAACAACCUGGUCGGUGCUGCGAUGAUUGUUGUAGGUUUCAUUGUGACCACUAUGGGGGAGAAAUAGCGCGCACCGACAACACGCUGUGCAAAAUUUUGGCUAACAAGUUCAGGGAAUACCUCAAAACAGUUGUUGUCCGACUGGUGUUAACUUGAAGGCGGAAUGCGAAAGAGCAGUCUGAACUGGCCAAGGCAACUGAAAUCCGCCCAACGAAUAAAGUAGGCUGUUCCGCGGUUUCAUAGUAUAUUCCAGCGGGAGAAAGGAUUUGAGUGUACCCUUGAAAACACUAGUGAAAGAGAAGUAUGGCGUGACACGCAAGGGAUAAGAGAUAUGUAGGUACAAACGCAUGCGAGAGGGUGAACAAGUCCCAGGGUGAUGCAAUGGCGUAGAAGAGUAAUGUUGUUUUGGCGAAGCCUGUGUCAUGUGCACGUUAGUAGCCGACGUGUAUGUGCGGCGAGACACAAUUGACAGAGAUGCGUGCAAAUAUUUAUGCGAGAGCGAACGAGUCUCUCGGGGUUGAUGCCGUGAGGUAGAAGAGUUCAAUGAUACAUAAUAUAUAAUAGGUAAAGCCUUAAUCAUGUGAAAAUUGAAGAAAGACGAGCAGGUACCUGCGGCAACACGUGCAAGGUACAGUAGUCGAGGUGGCGUGGGACUGCGGCAGUGUUUGGCGAAAAUGGGCACCGAGGCGUUGGCAAAAUUAAUUGAGGCAGACGAGCAGUUUUUGUCGCGCAGGAAUCUUUCUGCUCCACUGAAA